AUGCAUGCGUCGGAGGCCCACAGGCGCUGUAGCAGCACAGAUGCCCUAAGGAAAGUGCAGCAGAGGGAGCAGGUGCCGGUGCUGCAGCAGCAGCAGCUGCACGCAGGGCAUCUCAUUUUUUCCACUUUCGCUGCUACCCAAGCUGCUGCCGCUGCUGAUGCCUCCACUCCUCAGCAGCAUCGGCAGCAGCAGCAGCAGCAGCAGAAGUUGCCGGGCACGGCGGGAACGAGCCAGUGGAAAACUUCAGCACCAUGUCAACAGCUGCGCAGCGAGUUAGCUUUUUUCCAGCAGCAAACCGGUUUGCUGCGCGUUGAGCUACACAAGGCUGAGCGGGAAAUUCAGGGAAAAAGGAAUGAAUUGAGGGAGAGAGACGCACAAAUUCAAGUGCUUCAGGCCCAAGUCAAAACUCUGACAUCCCAGCUGAAUUGGCUUGCUGCUGCUGCUGCCGCUCGGCAGCCAGGCUAUACAGCAGCUACGCCAGGCGCAUUCACACCAACUGGGGAUCAUGCAGCAACAAGCAGUGCAACAGCUGCAGAUGCAGCAGCAGCAGCAGCUGGAAAGUGCUUGGAUCCGGAAAGCCAGAGUAGUGGCUGGAAGGACUCAGUCACCAAGCGAGAUGCAUGGCGAGAUGGCUCUGCUUGCUCAGAAGGAACUGCAGCACCUUCGACGACAGCAACAUCGCUUCAGCAAACCGGUGCUGAAUCCCAGGGCCAGUCUAAUUGUCGCAGCAGCAGCCGCAGCAGCAGUAGCAGCAGCUGGAUGCAGCAAGAUGAACAGAAUCUGGCUGCUUCAGCAGCAACCGCAGCAGUAACAGCGGGAAGCAGCUCACUAAAUACUGAGCGGCUGCAGCUCAAGGCUGCCAGAGAAAGUUAUGAAAGGGAACAAAAGGAACUGCUGCGGCUUCGGCAGCAGCUGCAGCAGAAGGCAGCGGAAAUGCAACCGCUCCUAAGGUUCAGACGACGUGCUUCCCGCAAGAUCCGCCAGCUAGCCGCAGAGCUGCAGCAACAGCAGCAGCAUUCAGCAGCAAAGGAGCAGCAGCUCCUGCAUAAGGCACAAGAGGCUGUGCUGCUGCGCGGAGCCUUGCGGAGCAAACGGCAGGAUCUGCUGCGCUGCUGCGGCAGUGACGAGUCGCUGCAGCAUUUGCAGCAACAGUUGCUGCAAUGGGUUGAUGACGCAGCAGCAAGCGCAGCAGCCCGCGCGCGUGAAGCACGGAAAGGGCAUGUCACACGCAUUGCCGCUCAGCAGCGGUUGCUGCUGCUCUCUCUCUCGGGAAGCAGCAGCGGCACCAGCAGCAGCAAACGCCGUCGACUUCUGCGGGAAUCUUACCUUGCGUCAAGCGGUUCUGCUGCUUCUGCAUUUGGGAAAGACGCGCUGUCGCCCAAGGAGCUGCACAAACAGCUCGCAGUUGUUCGCCUAAUCAGUCGACGCCGCGCGCACCGAUUGAAGGCAGUUGAAGGGGAGAGACUGCUGCUGCAGGAGCGCGUGCAUUCCUUAGAACAGCAGCUGCAGCAGCAGCAGCAAACUCGCUUUGAUGGAGCUACGACGGCUGCGCACGCGCAGGAUCGCACAGCCACAGAAGGUCAGGGCUCUUGGCAGUCUACUCCAGACGCUGCAGCAGCGCAGCGGCAGCAGCAGAUCACGGAAAAUGCAGGCAAGAGCGCUAAUUUCGUUGAACACCCGCUGCCGCAGCCACCAGCAGCAGAGCUAGAGGCGCAGCUGGAAACGAUGAGGGAGACGCACAACCUGCUGCUUUCUCGGACGGAAACUGUCAUGAGGCAUCUUAAUGAGAUUACCCGCCAGUAUACGCUGCUGCAGCAGCAGCACGAAGAUUUGUUGCAGCAGCAUGAAGAAUUGCAGCAGCAGCACGAGGAGCUCCAGCAGCGGCAGCAGCAGCAGCAACAACGGCAACAGGAGCAGCAGCCCCAAGUUAUAGUCACUCCACAAGGGGAGCUUCAGCAACGCGAGAAUGCUGCACGGCAUAGGCUCGAGUUGCUGCAGCAACAGGCAGAAGCUCUGCAUCAGGAAGUCCUACGACGGCAGCAGCAGCUGGAGAAGCAGCAGCUUCAACAACGGCUGGAGCAACAGCGACAGCACCAGCAGCAAGCCCCGCAGCAUGUGCACAAACUGCUGCAGCACGAUGAAGCAGCUGAACGUGAGGCUGUAACAUCAGCAAAUGAGGAAGCAGCAGUGCUUCAGCAGAGGAGACAGGAGCUGCUGCUGCAGGAACAGCAACUGGUGGCGCGUGAGGCUGCAGCGCAGCAGCAGCAAACUGAACUCCAGCAGCAACGCAUGCAGCUGCAGCAGCAGCAGGCACAGCUGCAGCAACAGGAGCGCGAGUUGCAAAGGCAGCAAGCGUUGCUGCGGGAGCAGCAGAAGCAGCAGCUGGAACAGAAGGAGCAGCUGCAGCUGCAGCAGCUCCAACUCGAAGAGCACAGGCAGCUGUUGCAAAAGCAGGAGUUCGAACUGCAGCAGGAGCAACAGGAACGGCAGCUUGCUGCUGCGAAGGAUCAAGACUUAAUGCAGCAGCAGCAGCAAAUUGACGACCAGAAUACGCAGCUGCAGCAUCUGGAGUUGCAGCUGGAAGAGCUGAAACAGCUGGUGCAGCAACAGCAACAGCUACUGCACCAACAAGAGGAGCAGCUUCAGCUACAAGAGCAGCAGCUGCAACAGCAAGAGCAUCAGCUGCAGCAACAGGAACAGGAGCUCCUUCAGCGGGACUCAGAAUUACAGCAGCAAGAGCGACAGAGCGAAGAGAUAGAGCAGCUGCGACAGCAGGCGCAGCAGCAGGAGCAGCAGCUGCAGCAGCAAGAGCAGCAGCUGCAGCAUCAACAGAAGCAACUGCAGCAGCAAGAGAAGCAGGUGCAGCUGCUGAAGCAUCAGCUGCAGGACCAUGACCGGCUAGUGCAAUUGCAAGAGCAGCACAAACAGCCGCCGGGGAAUUCCCAGCAGCUGCUGCCAGGAAACAACUCAGAAGCAACAGCUUUGUUGCAGCAGCUGCAGCAAGACAAUAUGCAGUUGCAAGGCGACAUAAGGUUACUCCAGCAACAACUAGAGGCUAGCGCUGCAGCACAGCAGCUGUUGCUGGGCAAGGCAGAGCAGCAGCAGCAGCUGCUGCUUACAGCAGCGGAGGAGAAGUCAGAGCUGCAGCGGCGAGCUGAAGCCUUCAAAAAGGAGGCCGCAGCAGCAGCAGCCACAGAAGACGCACUGCGCAGCAAGUGCGAAGAGCUAUCAAUCCGGUUGAGAGACGCCGAGGAAAAUUCUGCAGCAGCAGCAGAAGGGGAGCAACAGCUGCAGCGGGAAGUGCAACAAAUGCAGCAAGACCUGGCGGCGCUCACUGAGAGGCUAGCAACUACAGAGAGGCAACAACUGCAGCAGCUGCAGCACCAGCUGCAGCAGCAGGGUGAAACUGCAGACGGUGCGCCAGCCAGUAACCAGGUCAGCCGCAUACAGCAAAUCGUGGAGUUGCAGCAAUUGCAGUUGCAACAGAAGCAGCAGCAGCUGCAGGAACAGCAGCUGCUAAUAGAGGAGCUCCAAGCCAAACAGAAGGACACAGAAAACGAACUUGAACGAUGCAGCAGGGAAAACGAGCAACAGCAGCAGUUGCUGCUGCAGCAGCUGGAACAAGAGAGACAACAAGCUGUUGCAGCAGCGGCUCGAUACGCGCAACUGCAACAGGAGUACACGCACAAAACUCUAGAUCUCGAACGGUCUCUGUCGAAGGAAGCUGCGCUGCUCCAGCAGCAGCGGGAAACGCAAGCGGAGCUACUGCAGCAGCAAAAGGAACAGCUACAGCAGCAAGCGGAAGACUUGCGCCAUGCACUUCAGAUGCAGCAGAUAACGAGCAAGUCGCUUCAGGAUCAGUUGCAGCAGCAGCAGCAAGGAGCCGAUGAGGCUCGAGCUGCGGCAAAAAAGCUCGAGGAGAUCUGUGUACAGCUGAGGGAGCAGCUGCAGCAGCAAACGGCGGAGUUCGAGCAGCUGCAGCAGCAGCACAGCAAUUUGCUUCUACAGCAACAACAGCAAGCUUGCGAGGUGGAGCAGCUACAGCAGAAACACACUGACUUGCUGCAGCAACACUCGUUGCUGCAGCAGCAAUUGCGUCAGUCCGCCAGUGAGCUUUCCAGCCUGCAGUCUCUAGCUGAGACUCUGCAGCAGCGCCCUACGCUGUCUCUUCAGCAGCAGCACUUAGAGGCAGCAGAACUCCAGCAGCAAGUAACAGCAACAGCUGAUGCUGCCAAACUUCGACAGGAGCAUCUGGGGCAAAACGACGCAGCAGCAGAGGAGCAGCAGCAACGGGAGGAGGACCAGAUAUCUCUGGAAAGGCAGCUACAGAACUUGCAGCAGCUGCACCAGGAUUUACAGGAAGCAUUCGCCGCUGCCCAGCAGCAGCAGCAGCAGCUGCAGCAACUGUACGAACGCCAGUCUGUAGAGCUUGUUCGCGCAGUGCAACGAGCAGGGCGUGCGGAGGCGGAGCGGCGGCUGCUGCAGCAGCAGCUGGAGGCAAGGCAGAAGCACGGCAGCAGCGCACAGCAGCUGCAGCAGGAGGCACAUGAGAAUCAACUACGGGCUCUCAAGCAGGACCUCCGGAACAGCCAGGCAGAAGCUGCAGAUAUUGCUGAGAAACUGGCUGCAACGGAGCAGCGACUGCAGGAGGUGCAGCAGCAGCUGCAGCAGCAGGCAGCAAGCGAGAGGGCCGCAGCAGCGCAGCAGCUACAGCGCAAGACAGAGCUUUUACAGGCAGAACAGCAGCAGAAAGAGCAGCUGCAGCAGCAAGUCGCAGCAGCACAGCUUGAAAACCAGCAGCUGCAGCUGCUUCUGCAGCAGGAGUGCAGUCGCUCAAGUGAGUUAAUGCAGCAGAAUGCUGCAGCUGGGGACUUGAGGGCUGAACUGUCUGCUGAGGCGGCGAGUCUGAGAGAGCAACUGCAGCAGCAGCAGCUGUUGCAGCAACAACACCAAAAGGAACAGGAAGCUGUACUGCAGCAGUUGCAGCAGCUACAGCAGCAAGCUGCUGCUGAGGGAGAGGAAACGCAGAGGCGCCACGCGGAGCAGCAACAGAUCCUGCAAGAAUCCCUCCAGAAGGCGCAGCAAGCUGAAGCCGAAAGUCGUGCUGCGCUGCAGCAGGAGGUGCUCCGGCUGCAGGAGCAGCAGCAGCAGCUGCUGCUGCAGCAGCGGCAGCAUGCGGAGGAGAGAGAGCAGCGGCAGCAGACGCGUGAACAGGAGCUCCUGCAGAAGCUAGCAGGACAGCAGCAGCAGCAGGAGCUACUCGAGCAAGACCUGCAGCACUUGCGGCAAACCAACGAGCAGCUGGUGCAGGAGCUGCAGAAUUCCGAAACAAAAUGCGGAGAAUUUGCUGCGCUGCUGCAGGAAGCAGAAGAACGAUACCACUUGCUGGCGAACGAAGCAGAAAGGCAGUACACAGAGCUGCAGCAGCAAGCUGCAGAGCUCCGCAUGCGUUUGGACGCUUCCCUGCAUGCAGCUGCAGCAGCAAAGGACGAGCACAAGCAGCAGCAACUCCUUGCUGACCAGCUUCGCAAACGCGUAGAUCAGCAGCAACAGCAGCAGCAAGAGGUAGCUGAAGCACAUGCGCGCAACACUGAGCAGCAGCAACAGCAGCACGAGCAGAAACUGCAGCAACAGCAGCAGCAACACGAACAGCAGCUUCAAGAGUGGCAGAAGCAGGCAGAAGAUCAGGCAAAACAGCAGCAGAAGCAGAUUGAGGAGAUGAUGCAACAACAAGAGCAGCUGGCCAAGUCUCUAGCAGAGACACGGGAACGUAGCAGCAAGGAGCAGCAGCAACUGCUGCACCUGCAACAUGAAAAUCGGCAGCUGCAGCAGAAAUUAGAUGAAGCUGUUGCCACUCUUGAGAAACGCAGAGCUGAUUUGGCGAAGCAGGAGGAAGAGCAGCAAAAGCUCAUUGCUCAGUUGAAACAGCAGCAGACACUAGCAGUGCAGCAGACAUCCUUGCUAGAGGAGCACCAGCAGCAGGAAGUGCUGCUGCUGCAACGGCUACAGCAACAAAACGAGUUAAACCAGCAGCAAACAGAACAACAGAAGGAAGCUGAGGUGUCAAUUGGGGAGUACCGGCGACAGGCGCAACUGCUACAGCAGCAGCUGCAGCAGCAACAGCAGCUAACGCAACAGCAGCAGAAGCAGAUCCAACAGCAACAGCAGCAGCUCCAACAGAUGCAAGCACAACUAAAGCAGCGUUCAAAAAGUUUAGAAGAGGUACAGCAGCAACUAAAAUCGCAGCAGCUGCAGCUAGAGCAGCAGCAGGAACAUAUCAAGCUGCAGCAGCUUCAGCUGGAGGAACAAAGGCGGGCUGCCGAGCAGCAUCAGCAGGAAGCAGCGGAAAAGGAGCAACAGCAACAAAAAUUGCUGCUGCAGAGCCGCAGUGAAUACCAGCGCGUCUGUGCUGCCGAGAUGGAGGCCAGACAGCAACUGCAGCAGCAGCAACAGCAGCACGCUGCAGAGGCCGAGCAGCAGCUGGAACAGGAGCAGUUAGCACAGCAGCAGCGCCUGCUGCUUGAAAACCGGCUGCAGAAGAUGGCAGCAACUGCAGCAGAGCAGAGCGACGAAAUACAAAGGCUUUUACUCUCUCAGUCCCGCGCAGCAGCAGAUGUAAAACAGAUGCAGGACCAGCGGCAGCAGCUGCAGCAGCAGCUGCAGCAGCUCCGGGAGGAGCAGCAGCAGCAGGAGAAGCAAGCUGCAGCGUCCCUAGCUGCCACGGAGGCCGAGCUUACUGCAACAAAGCAACAGCUGACAUUGAACAAAGAAGCGCAGCAGCUACAACAGCAGCAGCUAGAAGAACUUCAGCAGCUGCUGCGGGACACGCAACAGGGCCUUGCUGCUGCCCAGACUGAAGUGGCGGCUUCUAAGCAGAGAGAAGAGAGUGCAGACAGGCAGCAACAGCAGCAGCAGGCGUUCCUGCAGCAGAUGCAGCAGCAGCUCGAUAGGCAGCGGCAGCUAGCCAACUCCAGAUAUGAAGAGAACCUGUCGCUGCAGAAGCAGCUGCAGCAACAGAGGGCAGCAGCAGCAAAGGAGCUACAGCAACAGCAGACAGACGCCGAACAGCGACACGCGCAGCAAGUGCAGCAGCUACAGCGGCAAAUGCAGCAGCAGGCCCAACAACACGAAAAGCAAGAUAGUCAGCUGCAAAAUCAGUUGAAGGAGCUUCAGCAGCAACACGCGAAGCUGCAGCGAGACCAGCAGCAGCAGCAGCGUGCUCUGGAGGCCAAGGAAAAAUCGCUGCAGCAGCAGGUGCAGCAGCUGCAGGAACAGCUGCAGCAGCAACAACGCCACGCCGCAGACAUCGCCAGUCAAGCAGAAAAGGCUGCAGCGACAGCAGCAACACAAGCAGCGGAGCUGCAGCGACUGCAACAGGCUUAUAAGGAAGCCCUCGAGGAGGUCGAUCACCUGCAGCAGCAAACAGGACAAUUGGAGCAGCAAUUGCAGCUCGCAGAGCAGCAACAGCUGCUGUUGCAGCAGCAGCAGGAAGAGGAGCAGCGAACCAUGGCUGAAGCCCUCGAUUUGCACCGCCAGUCAGCAGCAAAUGCAGAACAGCGGAGAGACGAGCUGUAUGCUCAGCUGCAACAACUGAGGCAGCAACAGCAGCAGCAGCAAACUGAGCUACGGACCCUGGCAGCAGAAAAGCAAGAGCUGCUGCAGCAGGUAGAAGAAGCAACAAAGGCUCAAGAUAAUCUAAGCACACAGCUGUCGGCAGCACAGGCAGCAACAGAUUUGCUGCAGGAACAAAACAAGCGAUUGGAUGAACAGCUUCAACAGCUUCCGGCCUUGCAAGAGGCGGCGCAGCAACGGCAGAUGCUGCAGCAGCAGCACCAGCAGUGGCUGACGCAGCAGCGGCAGCAGCAGCAACAGCUGAGAGCAGAAAAAGACAGACUGGAGCAAGACCAGCGGGCCUUAAAGAGACAGAUGCGGCUCCAGGAGCAGCAAAUCGCCUCGCUGCAGCAGCAAAUGCAGGCAGCUGAUGCUGCAGCAGCAGCGAGGGAGGAACAGCAGCAGCAGCAAUGCGAUUCGCAGCAGUUACAGCUAGAGGACCUUGAGAGGCAGCAACAACAGCAACAGCAGCAGCUGCAGCAGUGUAAAGCUCAGCUUGAAGAGGUGCAACUGGCAGCAAGAGAAAAGGACAAGCAAAUCCAGGCACUCACAGAGGAACGAGACCAGCUGCAGCAGGAACUGGAACAGCAGCAGCUGCAGAGACACCAGCAGGAGCUAAGUGAAGCCCGCGAGCAGCUGGCAGAGGCAGCUGAGGCGGAGCAGCAGCUACAAGACCUGCGGCGGGCAGCAGCUGCUGCAGAACAGCAGCUAGCCAGAGUUACAAGGCAGCGUGAUUCCCUCGAGGCAGCGAAGCAGCAACUGCAGCAGCAGCUGCAGGCGCACGUAGGGAGGCUCGAGCUGCAACUAAAGGAACAGCAGCAGCAGCAACAACAGUUGAAGCUAGAGUUAGAGCAGAAGGAACAGCAGUGCGAAGACAUGGAAAAUCGCCUGCAGCAGGAGCAGCAGCAAUGGAGACAGCAGCAGAACAGCUGGGAAGAGACGCAGCAGCGGCUACAGCAGCAACUGCAGCUCGCUGCUGCUGAUCGCGAGAGGCUUCAGCAGGAGAAGGAGCUGCUAGAGGCGGAAGGACAGAGGGCUGAAGGCGCAGCGCUGGAGCAGUCCAGAAUGCUCGAGAAGCAGCAGCAGCAGCAGCUGCUUCAGCAGCAGCAGCAGCUUAGUGAGUUGCAGCACCAAAUUCGCAUGCAGCAAAUGCAGCAGCAGCAGCAGCAGCGUGAAGUCGCCUAUUGGAGUGGCCGAGCGGAGACAGCCGAGCAGCAGCUAGCGGCGAAACGGCAACAGAUGUCUGAGCUGCAGCAACAACUGCAGCAGCAGCGACAACAGCACCAAGCGCUGCUGCUGCAGCAGAAUACAGAGAGGCAGCAGCUCGCCGAAGAGCUUACUCAAAGUCGCCUGCAACUAGACGCAGAGGCUGUGGCGCAGCAACAACUGAUGCUGCAGCAGCAGCAAGCAGCAGCAGCAAAGGAAGAGAUCGCACUUCUCGAGGAUCGCCUGACAGCUGAGACCUCGCGUGCUGCUUCUCUUGCUGCUGAAGCUGAAAAUGCUCAUCAGUUGCUGCUGCAGCAGCAGCAAGAGACGGCUCGAGUGUCAGCACGCCUUGCAGCAGUCGAAUCAAAAUAUGGUGCUUUGGCGGCGUUCCAGCAGCAGCAACAGAGGCAAUUCCAGGAGCAGCAGCAGAGGCUCCUUCAGCAGCAGCAGCAGCGGCAGUCGCCAGAGGCAGGAGCACCUGUUGCUGCUUCUUUGCAGGCGGAAGUGGAUGGGCUGCGAUCUCUGUUGCAUGCGGCGCAGCAGAGCAACGCUGAAACGCUGCAGCAGCAGCAACAGUUGCUGCAGCAACAGCGUGAAGAUGCAGCGAAGCUAAACGAAGCUCUAUUUCAGCUGCAGCAGCAGCAGACACUUGCGCAGAGAGAGCAACAAAAGGCGCAACGGUUGCAGCAGCAGCUCGAGCAGCAGCAGCAAGACAUGCAACGGCUACAACAGAUCACCACUGAGCUUGAAGCAUACACGCGGGAUCUCUUGUUACAGCAACAGCAGCACCAACUCCAGCAGCAGCAGCAGCAGCAGCAACCGGCAAUUUCCAUCAGUCAACAGGGGGCGGUCGAGAGCGACCUUGCUGUUCUCUCUGGCACGGUCAGGGAACUGCUGCGGCGGAUGGAGCAGCAGCAGCAAAUGCUGCAGCAACAGAACUUGUUACUCGAGGAGUCGCGCAUGCAGCAGCAGCAAAUGCAGGAGUCGCGCCUGCAGGUGCAGCAACAGCAGCAGAGGAACCUGAACGACAGCAUCGCAGCAGCACCGGUGUCCGCUAUUGACACGUUUUUGCAGCGGCGCUGUAGAGAGCAGCAGCAGCAGAUCCUGCUGUUGCAGCAGCAGCUUCAGCAUGCUGAAGAGGAGGUUGCAUUCAUACGGCAGCAGCAGCAGCAGCAGAUCCUAAACACCAGCGCUUUCGGGGAGCAACAGCAGCAGCAGGUGCUGCUGUUGCAGCAGCUGCAGACGGAAGCAGCAAAUCUGCGUAGGCAACUGGGACGCGAGCAGCAGGCAAAAGCAGCAGAAGCUGCAGAAGCAGCAGGGCUGCGGGAGCAGUUGCUAGCGCUGCGACGCCGGCAGCAGCAGCAGCAAACCACAGCGCUGGAGCAGCAAGAAGCUCUUGCUGCAGCCGCGAUUCGGGAGCGCCAGACUGAGCUUUUGCUGCAGCAGGAGCAGCAGCAGCGACAGCAGCUGGAAUUGCUGCUGCGUAACAUAGAGAGCAACAGCGAGGCCGAUAAGUUGACGCUGCAGCAGCAGGUGCGGCUGCUCGAAGGACGCUGUCAGGUGCUGCAACAGGAAGCUACGCUGCGGCAGCAAGAGGCUGCUGCUGCUCAGCAGCAACAGCAGGCGCUUGCGCAAUACAAGGACGAGGCGGAGGAAGCUGCGCGGCGCAUGCAACAGCUGCAGCGGGAGCUGCAGGCGGCGCAGCUGGAGCAGCAGCUCCUGCAGCAGCGGGUGACUGCGGCAGAAGCGUCCCGAGACGCGGCGUUGGAGCAGCAAACCGCUGCUGCUGCAGAAGCGCAAAUGAAACAGCAGCAACUGGAACAAGAUGCGCAACAGCAACAACAGGAGCAGCAGCAGCAACUUACAUCACUGCAUUUGGCGUUGCAGUCUGCACAGCACUCUCUGGAACGAGCUAAUGACUCUGUUGCCGCACUGCAGCAGAGGGAAGCCGCUUUGCUGCAGCAGCUGCAGCAGCAACAGCAGCAGCUCACUUCUGAUGGGCUAGCGUUUUCCCAGCAACGGCGGCAGCAGCAACAGCAGCAACAGCUGGCAAGAUUGCAAGAGCUCCUCCAGCAGUCAAAUGAAGCAAAAAGCAAGCAGAUGGAGACCUUGCUGCAGCAGCAGCAAGAGCUCUUGGAACUUCGGCAGCAACUCCGGGCGUCUGAGCAACGACAAGAGCUGCUGGCAGCAAACGAGGAGCGACUGGUUGCAACAUGCAAUGCUGCUUUUGCACAGCAGAAGGAGCAGCAGCAGCAGCUGCAGCAGCUACAGCAGACCUGCUCGCAGCUGCAGCAACAAAUUAGCGACUCAGAAAGAGAGGAGCCCCUGGCAGCAAAUCAGAGGGCAGCAUUGCAGCAGGAAGUGUCAGUGCUGCGGGAGUCGCUGCGGCAGCUACAGCAGCAGCUGCAUGCCAGUGAGCUGCAGAGAGGGUCCGUGUUGCGGCUCUUGGAGCGCCAGCAGCAGGAACAGCAGCAGCAGCAGCAGCAGCCCAGCCCGGUUUUGCUGCAGCAACGCUGCAACGAGUACCGCAUGCAACUCCAGGCUGCGGAGCAGCAACUGCAGCGGGCAUGGCAGGAGAGCAACGAACUGAGGCAGCAGCUGCAGCAGCAGCAAGAUGCUGCAGUACAGCAGCAAGUGCUUCACCAGUCCCGCCAUGCGCAGCGUAAGGAGCAGCAGCUGCUGCAGCAACAGCUUCUCCAGCAGCUUAGGGAAGAAACGGAAGCGCUUCGCCUGCGCCUACGGGAGAUCGAGGCUCAGCAUGACCAGCAGCAGCUGUCCCUCGCUGCAGCAGAGCAGCAGAAGGACCUUCUGCAGGGUCGCGUGCUGCGGCAGGAGCUAGAUCUAGAGCAGCAGCAGCAGCAGCUGCAGCAAGCCGAACUCCUCGUACGGCAGCACCAAGAUGCGAAGGAGUUGGCAGAAACAGAGUAUGAAGGGCUGCGCUCCCGGUGCACCGCCCUCCAACAGGAGUUGCAACAACAGCAGCAGGAGCUGCAGCAGCAGCAACAAGAGCUGCAGCAAACGCGAGAAGAGGCCGCAGCGGCAAAAGCACGCUGUGAGCUGCUAGAGGAGGAACUGUCUUCUGCUGAGCGGUUUAGCAGUGAGAGCAGCAGCGCGCUGAAGCAGCAGCUGGAGCAGCAGGGAAGCUUGCUGCAGCAGCAGCGGGAAGCCGCACUAGAGCUGCAGCAGCGGUGUCUGGAGCUGCAGCAGCAGCUGCAGCGGAAAACGGAAGAGGACCAACGCCGCAGAGAAGCGUUGCAGCAGCUCCAGCAGCAGCAGCAGGAGCAGCAGCGGCUGCUGCGGCAAACGCAACUGGGCGCAGGCCAAGAGCUGCAGCAUCAGCAAAGAGCAACAGCUCGACUGGAGCAGAAACUAGAGCAGCAGCAGCAGCUUCUGCGGCAGGCGCAGCAGAAGGAGGGUGCUGUAGCAGCAGAAUUGGCUGAGGUGCAGCAACUGCUGCAGCAAGCAUUGGAAAGGGAGCAGCAGCAACAGCAGAAACAGCAGCAGCAAGAAGAGCAAAUUGAGCAGCUACAGGCAGAACUGCUGCAAAGGCACCAGGAAGUCGUAGCAGCACAAGGCCGGGCGAAGCAGCUUAGCGAGAAACUGGCAGCAGAGCAACAGCAGAUAGCAGCAAAGGAGCAGCAUCAGCAGCAGCUGCUGCACCAGCAACAGCUGCAGCAGCAGCAGCAGCAGCAGGAGCUGCAAAAGCUGGAGCUGCUUCAACAGCAGCAUGCGAGGACGCAGGAGGAACUUUCUACUGCACUGGAAGCCCUACAUGCGACCCAGCAUCGGGAGUUACAGCAGCAGCAGCUGCUGCAGCAGCUGCAGCAGCAGCUGGAGACGGUCGAUGUGUCUGAAAAGGACCUGGAGCACUCGCGUGACCAGUGGUCCACUCGCUGUGCUACACUGACAAGCCAGCUGCAGGAAGCGGCUGCUGAGCUGCAGCAAGCGCGUGCAGAUGCCGCAGAAGCGCAGAAAAAGCUGCAGCAGCUCCAGCAGCAACAUGAAAGAAUGAUCCAACUGCAGCAGCAAGCGACCGAGACAGAGCAGCAGCACGUUCUGCGUCUUACGGAAGAGCAGCAGCGGCUGCAAACUGCCCUCGAUGGAGCGUACGAUGAGCUGCUGCAGCAGCAGCAACGCUGCAAGGAACUGGAGAUACUGCUGCAACGAGCGGAGAAGAAUCAAAAGGAGGUGCAGCAGCAACAAAUGCAGCGCGCUGAGGAAGCAAAGCAGCUGCUGCAGCAGCUGCGAGAGGCAGAGGCGCAGCUACAGGAGGAGCAGCAGAAGAGUAGGGAGGCGCAGCAGAAGCAGCAACAGCUCGAGAGGAGCCUCGAAAGAGCUGCCGAUGAGGAACAGCUAUUUCGCAGCAUGCAGCAGCAGCAACAGCGCGAGCAAGAAGCCCUAGCAGAGCAGCAGCAGCAGCAAGUGCUGCAGCUGCAGCAGCAACUAGCUGCUGCGAGAGCAACCGUGCAGCAGAUCAGGCAAAGUCAACUGGAGGACCGCCGGAAGGCGCAGCAGCAGCAGCAGCAUAUUGCUGCGCUGCAACGUAGUUUGCAGAAGGCAGAAGAAGCUCGGGAGCAGCAGCACGAGCGGGUGCGCGGUUGGCAGCAGGAGCAGCAACGCUUGCUGUCUCAGGUGCAGGAACUGCAGCAGCAGCUGCAGCACGAGAAGGGUGCGCGGCGACAGCAGCAGCAAGAGCUGGCUGCGCUGCAGGGUGCAGCGAGCUCAAGCGAGAAGGAGAAAGAUGCUGCGCUGCAGCAAGCGAAGAAAGAGCAGCAGCAAUUAACUGACAUGUUGCAGCAGCUGAAACAGGAAGCAACGGACCGCAUGCAGCAGCUGCAGGAGGUGACACAGGAACGCACUCUGCUGCAGCAUGCAGCAGCUGACUUGGAGUCACAGCUAGCUCAGCAGCUAGCCGAGACGGAGCAGCUGCAGCGCCGAGCUGCAGCGCAGCAGCAGGAGAUGAGUGCCUUGCAGGCCAAGUUGCGGCAGCAGCAGCAAACAGCAGCAUCGCUGCAGCAUUUGCAGCAGCAGCACGAAACGACUGUUCAGGACCUCCGCGAAGCUCAGCAAGAGCUGAAGCAGCAAAAGCAGCUGCUGCAGCUCCAGGAGAGGCAGCUGCAGCAGUACCAGCAGCAGCAGCAACAACAACAAAGGCAACUGCAGCAGCAGCAUGGGUCGCUGCAGAAGCAGCUGCGUGCAGCAGAGAACUUACUCGCUGACAGUGCACAAGACUCAACAGCAGUUCGCGAGCAGCUGCAGCAAACACAGGAGCAGCUGCAGCAGUUGCGUCGAAAGCAGCAAGAGCAGGAGCGGCAGCACCAGCAGGAGCUGCUGCAGCUGCAGCAGCAACACAAAGAUAUGCAGCAGCAGCACAGCCGCGCCCUACAAGAGAAUGCAGCACUGCGGAGAGAGCACGAGCGUUUGCAGCAGCAGUUAGAUUCUGAGAAGCAGAGAGUAUCUCUGCUGCUGCAGCAGUUGCAGCAGCAGCAACAGAAGCUGCUGCAGAGCAGCAAGGGCGAUGCUGCUGCUCUAGAGUUGCAGCAGUUGAGGCAGGAAACACAGGAGUUGCAGCUGCAGCAACUGGCAGCAAAUGGGAAGAUCCGUUCGCUGCAGCAGCAGCUGCAGCAACGUGGCAUUGAGCUCUCUGAUACGCUGCAGCAGCUAAAGCAGCAGGCACAAGAAACAGAGCAGCAAUUACUUGCUGUGGGGGAGCUUACUGUGCAGCUGCAGCAGGCGCAGGAACAACAGGAAUUGCUGCAGCAGCAACUGCAGCAAGAGCAGCAGCAGUCUCAAGAUAUGCGUCGGCGCUUGCUUCAGCAAGCUGCAGCUGAGAACGAGACGCAGCAGCAACUCUUGUCGGUAGAGCAGCAGCAGCAGUUGCAGCAGCAGCUGCAAGCAGCAGAGGAGCGCAUACAGCAGCUGGAGCAGCAGCUGCAGCAGCAGAAGGAGCAGCACGCAGCGGUGCUUGAGGGAACCUUAGAGGGCAGAGCACUGCAGCAGCAGCUGCAGCAGCUAGCAGAAAAAGCAGCACAACACAGAACAGAAGCGCUGCAGCUGCAGCAGGAGCUGCAAAUGCAGGCAGAGCGCAUGCGAAAACUCAACAGCGAGAAGCAACUGCUGCUGCUGCAGAAGGAAACGGCAGAGGCAUCAGCAGCUGCAGCAGUGCGAGAGGCUCGUGAUGCUGCAGCUCUGCAGCAGAAGGUGCAGGAACUGACAGCAGCGCAGCAGCUGCAGCAGCAGCAGCAGCAGGAGCUGCAAAAGGACAUUGACUGCUACCGUGUGCUGUCCAGGCAGCUGAGGGCGGAAGCAGCAGCAAUGGCCAAAAGAGCAGCAAUCAUGGACUGGGAGCAGCAGCAGCAGCUGCUGCUGCAGCUGCAGCAACCCGGGGAGGCUCACCGCAACUCCAAACAGAAGCUGCGUUAUGUUGACAUUCUCCAUUCUCAGCUGCAGCGCGAACGCCAAAGAAGUCUUUCUUUAGAAAAGGAAGUGCAGCAGCUGCGCAUACACCUGAGCACUUUGGCCCCGCUGCGGCGGCUGCUGCCUUCGCUUUCCAAGCCUUCUUUUCUGCCUCUUUCUCAGCCUGAGGCGGCCCAAAAGGGUGCUGCAGCAGAAAGUGUUUCCAUUUCUUUGGGCUUUUCGAUGCUGCUUGGGGGGCCCCGCCGUCGCGUUUCCACUUCUUCCUUUUUGCUGCUGCAGCACAGCUAUGCCUUCAUAAUGCAGCAGCUGCUUUCUCUCGUCGGUUUAAUUCAAGAUGCAUGCGGAGACAAAAUCACAUUUAAAGUGCUCGACCUGCUGCCUCAUGCUGCAGCAGCUCUUUUUAACCCCCAGCCACCGUCCCCCAAGGCAGCUGUACAGACAGCCCAACGAGCUGCUGCUAAGGACGGGCCCCUCACCAUGAGCCAGCUGCUGCCCAUCUCUUCCCAAGCGGAAGCAGCAGAUGCAGCAGCAGCAGCAGCAGCAGCAGCAGCGUUCCCGCCCAGAGAGGAGGUGGUGGAGGCUGUGGCUGCGUUGAAGGCGCUGCUGCGGCAGCAGCUGCUGCUGCAGCCGCAGCUCCAGCAAAAGCAGCAGCAGCAGCAGCCAGUGUCGCUGCUGCAGCAGCGAGCCACGAGGCGCAGCAGGGGCCUAUCGCCCCGCGUCUCUCGCUGCUCUUUAUCCCUCACUCCUUCAGCUUCUUUGUCCCCCAGAAGCAGCGCAGCACCAGACCUGUCUUUGGUCCUUAGUACGCAGCAGCAGCAGCAGCAGCAGCAGCAGCAACGGGAACAACAACGGCAGCAGCAGCAGCUGCAGCAGCUGGAGCUGCAGCAGCUGCCGCCGCAGUUGGGAGAGCUGGGUGUAGUGAACAAGGGCUCUGGACGCUUCGAGCGCCCACACAGCAGUGUCAGUGCUGCGGGAACUGCAGCAGCAGCAACAGUUGCUGCUGCUGCUGCUGCUGCUGCUGCUGCAACGGCAGGCAGCAACUACGGCAGCGCCACCGAAGGCGACACCUCGUGUCUUUCUGAGGUGUCUGUAGAGUCUCUCGAAGAUGCAGAGGCUUAG